AUGAACAAGAUAAAAGAAUUUUGUAGUGGGUACAUUAAAACUAUACUAUUUGCAAUUGAGUAUAAACCUCGUUUUUAAGUAUGAUAAUCAUUAUUCCAAAGUUUCCUCAAGAGUUUUUUAUUAUCCCCCAUCUUUUGCAUCAUGUUCAAAUAUUAGGUUUAUUUUUAGAGAGAUCAUCAGAUUAGGCAUUUGAUUAUGCUGUUGUAUUGACACAUUUCUCUUUAAUUGAACCUAUGUUGACAGAUGAAUUAAGUAAAAUAUUUCUAUUUGUGAUUUUUGCUUUUUAAAUCAUUUUACUAUUUUAUCUACUUUUUGCAACAUUUGAAACUUAAAGAGUAGCUUUAAACUUUAAAUUAAGAUUAAUUUUAGAGAAAAAGAUAGAAUCAGUUAAUUCAAUUUUGCACUGGUACUUUACUUUUUACAGCAUCUUCACAAUACCAAUUAUUGUAAUUAGUGUCAAAUUUAUGUUAACUGAGUUUUAUAUUUUCGGAUAUUUUAAUGCAAUAUUGUAAUAUUGUUAAGGAAUAAUACUUAUAUAUCUAUUAAGAAAUCACAGAUUUGCAGAAAAUAACUCCUUUAAAAGAAGAUUUGCAUAUGUACAAUUAUUUAAUUAUACCAUUGGUUACUUAUUAAUACUUUUUAGAUUUUAUUAAGAAAUUGUAUUUGUUAAGUAUAUAUUUGGAUUUGCAUAUGCAUUUUUACAAAUAGUCGAUCAAUUUUAUAGUUGUCCUUAUCGAGAUCCAUUUAGAGAACCAUCCUUAAAAGUAGCUAUGGUACUUUUUAGUAGCAUAUUCAUAUGUUUAUUGUUUUCAUUAGAAACAAUAAUAGAUGGUUAAUUAUUUUGGACUUUGUUUGUAGCUGGAUUAAUGAGUGGAGUUUCAACUUCAAUAAGUUCAUUAUUUCAUGAAUUUGCAAUGACUAAUUACAAUUCUCGUUUCAAUUUAUAAGAGAAAUAUAUAAUUAUUGGAGUAGAUUAAUUUUAUAGUCAUUUUAUUCAUUUUUAAACAAGUGAAUAUAAUAAAUUAACUUACUUUUAAUAAUUGAUUAAACAUAAUGAGAAUUGUUUAAGACUCAAAUGUCCAUCUUAAAAAUCUAAAUUAUCAAAACUUAAUUUUAAUGAUAAAAUAUAAUUAUAGAAAUUAACUAUAGAUGUAGUAAGUUGUAUAUUUAAGACUUGUCAUAGUAGAACAGUAGUAAAAAAUGGAGAAAUACAUAAGCCUAAAUUUGAACAAUUACAAUUAUAAUAUAUUAGUUUUUUAUCAUCUACAGCCUAAAGACCAUUAAUUGCUUAUGUUGAAUUAAGAAAAUAUUAAUAAGAUUAAAAUAGUGAUAAUUCCUUAUAUUUUAGAGAAUUGACAUCCAAAAUUUCAGCAGAAUUAGAGUUUGCAAUUUUGUAUCUUUAGGAGAGAAUGAUAUAAUAGUAAUUUAGAAAAGAAAGAUAUAUGGCAAGAGAGGAAAAAUUAACAAUUGCAUAACUAUGGAGGAGUGUUAACUUUUAUUAAGAAAUCACUCCUAAAAUAAUAGAAGUCAUAGAAAAAAAAUAAAAAUUUUGGGAUAAUUUAAUAGAAGGUUAUGAUGAUUUAGAACCAUUUCAUAAAGAAUAGCUUUAAUUAUGCAAAUCUAUAGAUGAAUUGUAUAAGAGAAUUAAAUGUAAGUGAAUAUGAUUUAUAAAUAAGCCACAAUAAUAAUUCCAGAAGUGUUUUUUGACAGAUCAAAAGAUAUAAGUUUAUAAACUGUACUUAAAACAUUAGAUCCAGAAGAUAGAAAUAUCAAUAUACUAAAUUUAAAAUUAUAUUCUAUUCUAUAUUCUGUUAUUUUAAAUGAUUUUGAUAGAGUAUUAUUAAUAUUUCAAUUUAGGCAUUUUAAGCAGAAAAAUAAAUUGAAGAACUUAUAAAAGAAGAUAGAUAGAAAUCAAUUGAAGUUAUUGAUGAUUGUGCUCUAUUAAAGGAUGAGGCUGUAAUUAUCUUGGUGAGUCUUGUAAGAAAGAAGGGUCAUAUUGUUAAUAAGAAUUUAUUAACAUUAGCAAAUUUCUUUUAAUUUUAAAAUGUUUAAGAUAUAGCAGCUGUAUAUAAAUUAUCCUAUUAUUUUAGUAAACUCUUAUCUCAUCUUUUUUACCACCUGAUUUAAGAACAUUGCAUGAUGCCUAAUUAAAUGACUUUAUAUCAAAGGGAUACACUAAAUAUUCAGUCUAAAGCAUUCAUUCUUUUUUUUUAUAAAAAUAAGGAUAUUUAAAAGAAUGUUAUAUUAAAUUGGGUAAUUUAUUUUAAGAUUCUUCUGAUUUUGUUUUAACUGGUUCAAUUCUUAGAUUAUAAACCUCAUAUGAUGUAAUUAUGUUUGAUAGUUAUGGCAAAAUUAUUGGUUCUAGUUAAGAUUUCUUUGAAAAAAGGAUUUUGCCUAAUAAUCCAAAUAUAACAAUGGAAAGAUUUGUGGAACAAGGACAUAUCUUUAUGUUAAUGCCAUUCAUUUUAAUCAAUCUAAAGAAAUUAGCAAAUGAUAUUGAGACAGAAUUUGUAGAUUAUGCAUAUUUCCCAGAAUAAUUAUAAGAUAUUUUUUUAUAAUUUGGAUAGGUAUUUAAUGAUAGAUAAAAAUAUGAUUAAAAAUUAUCAUCUUAUAAUUUAACUACUAUUAAAUCUUAAUUAGCAUCACAUGCCUCUGCAAUAUCUGCAAGGAGUUUUAAUAAUCAAGAAGAUUAAGUUAAAAUCAAAGGGUUAAAUAUUCCUAUGUUAUAAGUAGAAAGGAUGAAUUUAGUUUUGGAUUUUUUAUCAAAAUAUCAUGAUGAACAAAGCAUUUAAUGUGAUAUACUUAAAAUUAAGUAUAAUUUAGAAUUUCAGAUAAUGGAAACAAAAAAGGAGAGAUAUCCAUAUUUUGUAUUAAAAUUAGAACCUUUAAGUGAAUUUGAAAGAUCAGAUUCAAGUUCAAUAAUUCCUUAUAAAAAGUCUAUUCGAAGAACAUUGAUGGCUAUUAAAUAUGGGGAAUCACAAACUGGAAUAGAUUCGACUAAUACAAAAAAUUUUAUAAGUCGAUAUUAACAAAAUUCUGAUCAAUUAAAUGAAACUGCUGAUAUAAAAGGUCCAUCAGAUUAACAUCUUUUAGAAUAGAUAAUGGAAAUAAAUAAUACUUCUAAUUCUAAAUUGUUAAAAUAAUAAGAUGAAUCAAAAGUUGUCUUUGAAAAUCCUUAAAUAUCUAGGAUUGAAGAUUAAGACUUUUAAUAAUUAGUAUAAGAUAUUGAAGAAAGUAAAAUAAAUGCUUAAUAACCAGAAUAGGAAUAAUUUGAAGAUCCAAAAUAUGAUUCUGAAUUAAUAGAAAAAAAGUCUGAUAGUUCAAAAGAUUAAUAAAAAAAAAAGAAAAAUGAUAUUCUUGAAAUUUUAAGAAAGAAUUUGAAUAAUUAGGAAGUUUAAGAACAUGAAAAUAAAUAAUCUUCUAAACCUAGUUCAACAAAAACAUCAUCAUCAAAGUCACCAUAUCUAUUAAUUAGAUCUUUAUAUCAAUUUGGUGAAAUUAAUACAUAAAUUUGGUUAAUUAUAAUAUUGAAUAUUGUUGUUUGUUUAACUGCUCUGAUUUUGGUUUUCAUUAAGAUAUAUAUAGUUUAAGGUAAUUAUUUAAGUUAUUUUCAGAUUAAUUUGGUAUUCUAUAAACUAAUUUAAAUUAUGUUUAAUAUCCUGAAAAAAUCAAUAAUUACUUUUUAAAAACAUUAAUGUUUUCAUCAAACAUUCUUCAUUAAAAAUUAGAGUUUGUAAACUAUAGUUCAUUAGUUAAUGAUGGCUUAAAAACUGAAUUUAACACUUUAGCCUUGAAUAUUGAACGUGAUUUAAAAAGUAUUUAUGAAGAUAUCAUUACUUUUGAAAGUUAAGUAAUACCAUUAAAUGAUAAUCUCAAAAUUAUUAAUAAUUUAUAAUAAUUCGAAAUUACAUUUGAUUUAACAAUAUUAUUAGAAUAGAUAUCAUCAAAUUCAAUCACUUUAAAUUAAUAAAUCUAAAAAGAAUUAGAUGAAAAAUUCGUAUCAUUAAAUUUAUUUUUUAAAUUAAAUAUGGUUUAAGUAAUUACAGUAAGUAAAAGUUAUAUUAAUUAUUUGAAUGAUAAUUUAAUAUUUUAUGAAUAAUAAAUUGUUAAUGCACUUAUUUAUGUUGUUGUUGCAGAACUUAGUGUUAUAACAGCCUUUAUGUUUUUAAUUAUUAAAGUAUUAUAAGAUGUAAACUAAUUAAUCAGAAAGAUCUUAGUUUUAAUCACAAAAUUAAGUGAAGAUGAUGUAAAUCAAAUUAAUAAAAUUUAUAAUGAAAUUAAAACUAUUUUAAAAGAUCCAAAAUAAGUCUUAUGGAAAUAAACAAAUUUUGUUAAAUAUGUAUUUGAAUCAAACUUUGUCAAAGUUAAAUAAGAUUUAAAUUUUCUUUAAUCUUCUAGUGGAUCUACUACUGCUAAAAAUAAUAAGUAGAAAUUUAAAAAGAGAUAUUAAAAUAGUUCAUUAACAUCAAGAAUUUAUAAUUUAAGAUUACCUUAAAUAUGGAAUUAUGCAUUUUUAUUUGGAUCAUGGUUAUUUUUAGCAGGAUAUUUAUUAGGUGCAUUAGGUUUAUCUAUAUCAAUGGUCUAAUCAAUUAAACCAGCAAUAACAUUAAAUUUAUAAUUAAUUGAAUUCAAAUUAAAAUUUGAUUCUCUAGUUGUAUAUGGAGAAAUCUUAAAAACAGACUAUUUAGUCAAUAAAAAAUUAAAUCAAAUUUUUGAAUUGUCUUAAAUUAAAUUUAAUUUAGAUGGAGUAUUAUCAGAAUUUUUCUCUUUACAAAAUGGAUUUUAAGAUUAAUUAUCUGUUAUUUAUGAUUAAUUAGCAUCAAGUACAUCCCUUUUAGAAGAAUAAAAAAAUACAUUAUUAAUUCCAUUUCGAAGUUCCCUUUGUGAAAGUGAUCCAACUUUAGUUCCAUCAUGUACAAAAUCAUUUGAACCAGCAUCACCUGAUAAUAGUUUAGAUUAUAUAUCUGGAGGAAUAGUUGAUAUGGUACAUGAAUUUUCUAAGACUUUAAAAACAUUUUGGUAAACAAAUGAUUAUGCUAUUACUGAUAAAGAUUAAUUAGAACAUUUUUUAUCAGGUUAAGUUCAUACAACUGAAUUUAUACAUCAUUUUCUAUUUUAAGGAAAGAUAAUGGAGCAAAUUGCAAAUACAAUGUUGAAUUUAAAUAAAAGCACUUUAGACUCUGUUAUUUUAAAGUUUCAAAUUUAUAUGUACACUAUGGGAUUAGCAUUAAUUAUUGUUUAUAUCCUCUGUUUUUACAAAUGGAUAUAAAAAUUAGACAAUGGAAUGUAUUUAACAAAAUUAGCACUAACAUUAAUUCCUGCAGAUUCUUUGAAUGAAUAAAAGACAAUGAGUGACUUGAAAAAUAUUUAAAAUGAAUGA